AUGAAGUCACAACCAGAUUUUCAUCAACUUAUAAAUCUUAGUGAUAAAAUUAAUUUUUAUUGUCCAAUUAUCAUUAUUACUUUUGGAACUAUUGGAUGUUUCUGCAGUUUUAUUACUUUUACUUCUCGUAAGUUAAGAAAAACUUCAUGUUCACUUUAUUUUAUUGGUGAAGCUCUAUUUGAUCUUGUUACACUUGAUUUCGGAACAGUAACACGAUUUCUUUAUGAUAAUUAUGGAUAUGACGUACAGAUUCAAUCAGAAUUUUUUUGCAAACUACGAAUGUAUAUUGCUAAUGCUUCACCUGCAAUUGCUACAUGUUUUAUUGUCCUAGCAGCAAUGGAUCGUUUUAUGUCAACUNGAUUUCUAUCAUAG